AUGUCCGGUAAUUGGGAGGGCGACACCGAACUUAUAAUUCAUUUUCAUCAAAAUGAUGCGUCUCGGCCCUCGGAUCGCUUAGAGGGGUAUCAUCUGAAAACGCUUGAUAUUGGUAGAGAGAAUAAUCGAACGUACGAGAAGCGCCGUAAAGACGUGGUACAAGAGAGGUUUCAGCAUCAAGGCAGUGGGGCCUCGGACCGUUUGUUUAGCUUGUUAGUCAUCUUCCCGUCAGCCAAAGCGGAUCGAAUGAAAUGUCUGGUGGUUCCAAGGUGGUUCUCACUCAGAAAUCACAUCCUCUCACGUUACAGUCACAAGUGCAACGACAUGAGGUUCAUCGCUCCUGCCCUGCAUCUUCCAUUUCGUCCCACCAUGACAAAAGCGGUCCAAUUCCAGCUCCCACAAGCACAGCUGCGCCCCAUCAAGAGUGAACCGCGGCACUCUGACAACAAUCUCGUUCCAAGGGGAAUACUCAAGGCGCCUCACGGAAUUCAGGGUAACGACCAAGCAAAUCGGCUUGAAGGCUCUUUGAGUUCUACCCAGGGUCGCCGCAGGCGUUCUCCUCGAAGCUCCCCAUCAACGCCAAGUGUGGUUUUAUGCCACCCUCUCCCAUCUCCCCAUUCUGAAUCUUGGAACCAACUCGAAAAUCACUAUUCACCAUCACGUUCCACGUCAAAGCCUGCCCUCUCCAAGCCUGCCAUCCGUAUACAUUCCUAUCUCAUCGACAGCAAGUUUGGUUGGAAUGUCGCUUUUCCUUCAUCGACAGCGACAUAUUCAUCUCGCCCUCCAAACCUCGAUGUCGCAGCCACAGAACCUCCACUACCCCACGCCACCCUCCGAUUCUCUCUCCCUGACCCACAUCUCUCAGAACUAAAACGCUCAUGGGAGACACUCACAAUUAGAGCGAGGGACUCAGAAUGCAUCACGAUACGUGACAUCCUCGACGCAGUACACUCGUAUUUCCAGCUGCCCUUGCAAUUCCACGAGUACAAGUAUCUCCCACUGGAAACGUAUCACAACCUCCUCGAGUCUUACACGUUGAGAAUCAACCCGUCACGGCAUCAUCACCAUUUCGGAGAUCCAAAGAGGUUAGACGUUCUCUUAGGAAGAACGCUCUUCGAUGGGUUAAAAGUAAUGAAGUUGUCAUUUUCUUCCAUACUGGAUCUCGAAGACGACGUCAAGAAGUUACAAACGCGAGAACCUGUCGAAAAGCCUGCUAGCGGAUUUUUAAGGUUGAGGGUAGAUUUCCUCGAGCGAUUUGGGGUUCUCGGCUACGUCACCAACCCCCUCGUAAAAGGAGUCGGAAAGACCCCCAACUUGAAGUUAGAUCAGACUGGCAAAACGCCUAAAACGCCUGGCGAUGGAGCUUCGAAGCUCCAAGAAAAGUGA